GACAAGAGUGUGAUUGCUCUAGUCUGUAUUAUUUGGACAUUUCCUCCUCCGCUCGCUUCCUUGAUUCCUUGUUAGUGAAUCAUAAACAGAUAAGAUGAGAUGUACAGGGACACAUCCACAGUGGACAUUUAAUUGACGAGCAGCAGGACGCUGUGUGUUGUUUUAGAGGCAUCUCAGCUUGAUGAAGAUGUUUACUGGAAGUGAGCUCUUUUGAGUGGUGCCAUGACCAGUCAGGGAGGUGGCCAUGCAGACACUCUGAAGCCCCUGUCUUCCACCUCUUCUUCUCGGCCCUCCACUGCCCCAAAGUUACAGGUGCAGCGCUCGCUCUCCCGAGAUACCAUUACCAUACACUUUUCUGCCAAAGGAAAUGAGGAAGAGGAGGAGGAAGAGGAGCUCUAUAGGCUAGCCGUUUCCCCUUCCAACCUGGAAACUGAAGAUGAGAGUGUAGUCACAGCUCAGGAGGCCAGCGAAGAGCUUCUCUUGGAAGGGUUAGUGGCAGAUAUGGGUACAGGGGUGUCAUCCCCCUCAGUGUCCCAAACCCACAGCUCUGCCCUGGCUAUCCAGAACCCCUCCAUCAGCCUAUCUUGCUCAUCCACUUCUAGUCCUGUUAGCUCCUCAUGGCCCUUAGAACAAAAGUCAACUCCCCUUUUACCUUCUACCCAUUCAGCCUCUUCCAGCUCGUCCCCAGCCAAGGCUUCUGCCCCACUCUCGAAACCCUUGUUCAGCCUGGUCAAGUCCCUUUCUACUGAGGUGGAAUCUCGGGAGGCUCCCAUGGUUGCCCCCCAGGCAAUGAGGCAUCGUCAUUUGAUGAAGACACUGGUUAAGUCUUUGUCCACUGACACGGCCCGACCUGAACAGGAGGCUUCAUCUACUCAUCGGCCCCCAGAUUCCCGACUCAACCUACACCUUUUCAAAUCUUUUGCCCAACCUCGUGUUCCAGCUAUCAGUGGAGACUCCAAAACUGCUCCCUCAUCCCCCCUCUCCUCACCUGAAGGGCGCUCUUUUUUCAAGGUUCAGGAGGUAGAGGCACGUAUUGAAGACACAAAGCGCCGCCUGUCGGAGGUCAUGUAUGAGCCCCUUCAGCUGCUCAGCAAAAUUAUUGGCGAGGAACCUGGUGGCGUCAACACAAACACUUACACCUCUACAACAACUGGGGUUUCCUACCGAUCCAGAAACCUUUCUGCCAGUGCCUCUGAACUCUCCAACCUGUCUGCUCUCAAUGGUCCCUCAGAAAGCAACAACAACUACUGCAUCAAGGAAGAGGAAGACCUGGAGGGGGAUAGUCUUCUAGAUGGGGCAACUGUUGAGUUGCGUUUGCAAAGGACACCCUCUCUGGGCUUGAACAGAUGUUUCAUGUCGACCCUUGCCCGUCAGGAAGAUGAAGAGUUCUGUGAGCUCUACACUGAAGACUUUGAGCUAUGUACUGACACAGAGCUGGAUGGAGAAGAGCCUCAUUCAUCCCAGGUCCGACGAGGAAGUACAGAAGGAUGCAGUGAGGAACCAACUGAAGGAGGGGAGGAGGAAGAGGAAGAAGAUGAGCCUCCAGGGGUACCCCACAACGGACUGAUUCUUCUUAUAUCUAUAGUUUAUGGUUACUUUGUGUUGCCACUGCCUACCUAUGUGCGUUGGGUGUUAAUGGGAGUGGCAGCAGGUUUCAUGCUGGCGAUACUGAUGGUGUGGUUGUCCACAAGACGCAGACCUUCAUGGCGCCAUCAUGGCAGCUGGAGCAGGAGAGAGCAAUGGAACAGGAUUCCUCUGGAUAUCAAAGAACCAGUCAUCUACAAGGGAUGGAUGAAUGAGAUUUACAGCUAUGACCCAGAGAUGUAUCACGCCACACUCACUCACUCUGUGUACAUGCGUCUGGAGGGAUCCGUCCUGCGACUGUCCAAACCCAACCGCAACAUCCCUCGCCGGGCAACCUUCAACGAGCCCAAAACUGAUGUCACCUACAUCAGCCAGAAAAUAUAUGACCUCACCAACAGUAAGAUCUACCUGGUGCCUCAAGGCCUGGCCAGGAAACGGGUGUGGAAUAAGAAAUAUCCCAUCUGCAUUGAGCUGGCCAAGCAGGAUGACUUCAUGGCCAAAGCCCAGGGAGACCAGACUGAGGCUGUUGAGGAGAAGCCCCCUGCUGCACGAGACAGGACUGAGACAGAGGGCACGAGUGAGGAACCAAAGAGAGCACACACAGAGCCGGUGCUGUAUCUGUUUGGGAGGACAGGAAGAGAUAAAGAGGAAUGGUUCAGAAGAAUGCUGUUUGCAUCCAAACUGAAGUCUGAAGGCAAGAAGCCCUCAGGCCGGCCUACCACAGGUUGUUUGUCUCAUAGUCGCAGCAGCAGUCAUGGCAGUCUUGAUGAAGUUCUCCAGUCUCAUCCCAGACAGAAAGAUCUUGGUGCUAGUGUCAAACAGAAAGUUCUUGAAUACAACGUCUACAUGGCCAAAUAUAUCAGCCAGUCCACAGGCAGCCCCGUCACAAGCCCUGUGCAGAGUGCUGGGAGCAGCCCGGGAACUGUUAAGAAGUUACCAGCCAGUCGCGUGCCAGAGGCGGAGUCUGAGGCCUGGGUCAAUGCACUCUUGGGUCGCAUCUUCUGGGACUUCCUUGGGGAGAAAUACUGGGCAGAUGUGGUUUCCAAAAAGAUCCAGAAGAAGCUGAGUAAGAUCAGGCUGCCAUACUUCAUGAAUGAGUUGACCCUCACCGAGCUCGACAUGGGCAUUUCUAUUCCUAAGAUCCUCAGCUCCUCCAAACCAUCUGUAGAUCACAGAGGCCUUUGGUUUGAUUUGGAGAUCUCCUAUAAUGGUUCUUUUCUUAUGACACUUGAAACCAAGAUGAACCUGACCAGGCUUGGAAAGGAGGGAGAAGGUUUUGGUGAACAGGGCAAGGAAGGACCCAGACCACGCACUUACUUCCUGGCAGACAGUGAUGAGGAGUCAUCCAGUGCGGGAUCAUCUGAUGAGGAGGAUACUGCAGAAGUGCCUGAAAUUCCAGGAGUUGAGGGUUAUGUCGGGGGUCACCGGCCUAGUAAAAUCAUGCGCUUUGUGGACAAGAUCGCAAAGUCCAAGUAUUUCCAGAAAGCCACAGAGACCGAGUUCAUCAAGAAGAAGAUGGAGGAGGUGUCUAAUACCCCUCUGGUCCUCACGGUGGAGGUGCAGGAGUGUCGAGGAACUCUCGCUGUCAACAUCCCACCUCCUCCAACAGACAGGAUAUGGUAUGGUUUCAGAAGACCUCCUCACCUGGAGCUGAAAGCUCGGCCUAAACUGGGAGAGAGAGAGGUCACAUUCGCUCAUGUCACAGACUGGAUAGAGAAAAAACUAGAUCAGGAAUUUCAGAAAAUAUUUGUAAUGCCAAACAUGGAUGAUGUCUGGCUGCCUAUUAUGCACUCUGCCACGGACACACGCUCCAAUGCCAAUGCCUUGAAGGACGAAGAUCCUUUGGAUCCUGAGGAAUCCAUUAAUGACAUGUGAAGAGUCAUAGCUACAAAAGAUAAAAUUCUAAAGUCCUACAAGGGCAAGAAAAUACCUGUUCUGACAAUUACAGGUGCCAUAUCGGCCAUUAAACAGAGCUGUGAAUAAUUUGAACACAUACAUAACUACAAUAAAGGACAAUAUUGCUUGCCUG